AUGCUGACUCCUAAAUUUACUUUAAGUCAGGAUGAUGAAUUUGUAUAUUUGACUAUUAAUAUUUCCAAUAUUAGGUUUAAUGCACCAGGUCUCGAAAUAUCCGUAGAGGGAAAUUUAUUUGUAUUCCACCUUUUGCCAUAUUAUCUAAGACUAAGGCUUCCCCACGAGCUCUGCGAUGAUGAAAGAUGUACUGCUGAAUAUAAAUCCACCGAAGAAUGUAUUUUUAUUAAACUACCCAAGCUUAUUAAGGGCGAAUUCUUCGAGGAUUUGGACAUUCCGUCGAAAUUACUGGCUCGAAAAGGUGAAAUUCUACUUGCUGAUAAAAUAUCCGAGGUUAAUGAUGGUCUGGGUAAGCGUUCUGCACCUUUGAUUCAUGAAAUCGGAGGUACAACUAAGAAUACCGAAGACAAUUUGAAAACUGGCGAAGAAUAUGACUGGGAGAUGAAGCAAGAGAUGCCCUCUGAAUCGAUAGAUGGACUUGUGGGUGAAAAGUAUGGAUUCAAUAACAACUAUAAUGGCAUUAUAGGUGUUUCUCUUUCCAAUGGGAACGACAUUAAUGAGCUAGAUGACCCAGAGAACACUUCUCAAAGUGAUCGAGUACAAGAAAGAAUUAGGAAGGAGAACCUAAAAUUUGAUCCGGAGUACUAUAUUUCUGAAUAUAUGACUUGUAAAUAUGGCUCAGGAGAAGAUCUGGAAAUUAACGGCAUCAAGACACUACUGAAGUUUAUUCCUCCUCUAGCGAAGGAAUAUCUUAAAUGGUACAAGCACGCAGAAAACAAAGAUGCAGUUAUGCCAGUCGAGUUUUCUGAAACUGAGCAAGAGCAGAUGCAAAAUAAUCUACCAAGAAAGAACUAUCUUGUAGAUGAUGUAAGACCGCUAUACUUUACAGUGCUUUCGCUGCUCUUUGCCUACAAUUUUGAACAAGCCGAGAAUGAAGGUGUUCAUAACAGUGAAUCAGCGUGGACAAUUGGAAAACUUACACCACAGAUAUCAUGCUUGGAUCAGAAACUUCUUCCAGAUGAUGUUGCUGGUCAUUUUUCGAUGAUUAAAGCUAUUGUCGUCACUGGAAUAAGAAGAGCGUUAAGUUACCCACUUCAUCGUAAUUACGAGCUCUCCCUGAAGUGCUGGACAUACGUCUACUAUAUCCUCCGUGGCGGAAAGAGGCUGGCGCUGCGCGCAUUGCUCGAUAUUCAUGAACAAUUCCGGUACCAUGAUGUUUACUAUGUAUACAAUAAGAUUUUACUGGACGAUUUGUGUUCGUGGUUCUCAUCAUUUGCUAGCGAGAAUCUAUUACGCUCACUAGCGGUUGAAUUGAAAAAAGAGCUCGAUUCUUUACAGAAGAAGGAGAUUAACUUCGAUUGCAUAUCUGGUGUUGAUGAGGAGAAUGGUGAACUAACAUGGGAAAAUUUAUCGCUAGAAGAAAUGGAGUCUUUAACAGAGGGUGAAUAUCUUGCCUCGCAGGAAACAGAGCAUUAA